AUGUCCAACUUCAACGAGAUUGUGGCCAAUGUGCCACAGUCAGUCCAAUUGGCCCUUGCCGGAGUUGGUGCUCUAUACUUGGGCAGCCAUGUCUUUGCAUACUUGCGAUUUGUGCUCAAUGUCUUUGUCCUGAGCGGCACCAACCUCCGCAAGUAUGGCAAGAAGGGCACAUGGGCUGUUGUCACUGGUGCCUCUGAUGGCCUCGGUAAAGAGUAUGCGACACAACUAGCCGCCAAAGGCUUCAACCUCGUCCUCGUUUCCCGUACCCAGUCCAAGCUUGAGGCGAUUGCCAAGGAGCUCGAGUCCAAGCACAGCGGCCUGCAGACAAAGAUUCUAGCUAUGGAUUUCAGCGCCGACAGAGACGAGGACUAUGAGGCUCUGAAACAGUUGAUCGAUGGCUUGGACGUGGGCAUUCUCAUCAACAACGUUGGACAGUCCCACAGCAUCCCAGUUCCGUUCCUUCUCACCGAGAAGAAGGAAAUGCAGGAUAUUGUGACUAUUAACUGCUUGGGAACUCUGAAGGUCACCCAAGCUGUGGCACCUGGUAUGCAGUCUCGCAAGAAGGGCCUCAUCCUGACCAUGGGCUCCUUUGGCGGCUGGGCUCCCAUCCCUUAUCUCGCCACCUACUCAGGCUCCAAGGCGUUCCUCCAGCACUGGUCGUCAGCACUGGCUGCCGAGCUGAAGCCAAGCAACAUUGAUGUUCAGCUCUGCCUGUCGCACCUGGUCACAACCGCCAUGUCCAAGAUCCGCCGCCCGAACCUGAUCGUCCCUAGCCCCAGACCUUUUGUCAAGGCUGCUCUGGGCAAGAUUGGUAGAGGUGGUUGGCAAUUCAUGCCGGACACUUAUACCCCUUGGUGGAGUCAUGCUGUGAUGGGAUGGGCGGUCGAGACCUUUCUGGGAGUUGGCAACAGGUUGCUGCGAUCUUACAAUGUGUCAACGCACAUUGACAUCCGCAACAGAGCCCUGCGCAAGGCUGCUCGCGAGGCCAAGAAGCAGUAA